UGGAAUUCCACUUCGCUGGUUUGAAUCCUAUCUCACUGAUGAUCCAACGGUAGCUGCAAGGAUCUCAGGUUGCCCGGCAGACAUCUCGGCAUGGAUGAAAGAACAUCACCUCCAGCUCAACCUGGCAAAGACUGAGCUUCUUGUCUUUCCUGCCGCUCCAACUCUACAGCAUGACAUCACGAUCCAGUUAGGUUCAUCAACAAUUACCCCAUCAACUUCGGUCAGAAAUCUUGGUGUAAUCUUUGAUGACCAGCUGACCUUCAAAGACCACAUUGCAAAAACUGCUCGAUCUUGCAGGUUUGCACUACACAACAUCAGAAAGAUCACUCCCUUUCUGACGGAGCAUGCUGCACAACUUCUUGUCCAGGCCCUUGUCAUUUCUAGGCUGGACUACUGCAAUGCUCUUCUGGCUGGACUUCCAUCAAACACAGUCAAACCUCUACAAAUGAUUCAGAAUGCGGCGGCACAACUGGCCUUCAAGGAACCCAAAAGAGCCCAUGUUACACCUCUCUUUAUCUCAUUGCAUUGGCUACCAAUCGCAGCUCGCAUCAAGUUCAAGACACUGAUGCUUGCUCAUAGAACAACCACAGGCUCAGCACCCGCCUACAUGCACUCACUAUUAAGAAUCUACAUCCCCUCCAGACAUCUGAGAUCUGCUAGUGAGCGACGCCUCGUGGUACCAUCACAAAGAGGCUCAAAAUCACUCUCCAGAACAUUCUCGUUCACCAUUCCUGGCUGGUGGAAUGAUCUUCCCACCCAUAUUCGGAGUACUGGAUCCCUGUCAAUCUUCAAGCAACAGCUGAAAACUCAUCUCUUUCGACACACUUGACUUCAACCUACACAUAAAAAAAAAAAAAAAAAAAAAUCUUUCUCCUUACUUAUUCCUUCCCUUGCUAGCUUGUACUUAUUUAAACAAUGCCUGAGACUUGGUGUUACAAGCACUUCCUUUGUCGAAUUGCCUCUUCAAGAUGAAUCGCUUCAUGUGUUCCCCAAAUUGUAAGUCGCUUUGGAUAAAAGCGUCUGCAAAAUGACUAAAUGUAAAUGUA